AUCAUCCUAAUAAAUUCACAAAAACCUCAUAUUUACUCUUGCAACUUAUAUCUCAUUCAUACACCUAAAUAUUUUUUGGGUAUCAUUCAUAUACCAAACAUGAGUUCCAACUUGUUUAAUGUUGUGUAUGCUGAUACAUCAUCAGAGCCAUCCCACGUCCAAACUUUUCAUUCAACUGCUAAAUGGAAUGAUCAUUUUGAUGCUAUUAAACAAACUGAUAAACUGAUGGUUAUUGAUUUCACAGCUAAAUGGUGUGGACCCUGCAAGCUUAUGGACCCAACUAUGAAAGAUUUUGCUGCAAAAUACACUGAUGUUGAGUUCAUUAAGCUUGAUGUGGAUGAGUUAAUGGGAGUGUCUCAAACAUAUCAGGUGUAUUCAUUGCCAACUUUCUUACUUGUAAAGAAAGGAAAAGUUAUUGAUAAAGUGGUGGGAGUAAGAAAGGAGGAGCUACAAAGGAUGAUUGAGAAACAUAUAAACUAAGUGUAUGAUAUGAUCAUGCACUGUAACAAAAAUACAGUAUCUGCAGCACAUUCUUCUUUGAUUACAAUGGAAUAAGUAUAACCAACAAACUCAGAUUGCAAUAAGUUGGUGUCAUUAUUUUCACCCAAAGAAUUGAAAAUAUAGAUUUCAUUCUUUUAUCAUUUAUAGAGGAUUCAAUGUAAUAUAUCAUAUAUGUUAUGUUUCGGUUACACAGAGGAGUAUUCAUAAACUACUAUCAAUAUUAUUACAUUUUUCAAUGUUAUUUGACUCUACUGAUAAUCAAAAUCUUCAACUACAUGCAAUAUUCUAUUGGCUAAAAUAACAUAGUUCUUUUAAGUUCUUUUUUACAUAGAAAA